GUUCCUAUCUGCCCUGCUCCACUUCCAGUUGUAGUUGGACUUGUUCCAAUCGGUUCUACUCCAGCUCCAACUGUAACUCCAUUUGUUCCUGCUCCAUUUCCAGCUGAAACUGAACUUGUUCCAGCAUCUACUGGUCGAGCACCAGCUGUAGCUGGAUUGGUUCCUAUAUUUACUGCUCCUUUUCCACCCGAAACUAGACUUGUUCCCGCUCCUGCACUCACACCAGCACCUAAUCCUGCACCUGAAUCUACAUCUGUACCUAUACCAGCACCUUUACCUACUCCUGUAACUUUACCUUGGGAUGCGCUUCCUUUACCUACACUUACACCUACACUUGCACCUACUCCUGCACUUUCACCUGUACCUAGACCUGCGCCUACACUUGAACCUCCACCUUCACCUGUACCUACUCCUGCACCUACACCUGCGCCUGUACUUACACCAGCACCUUCACUUGUACCUACUCCCGCACCUACUCCUGUCGCUCCACCUACACCAGCACCUUCACUUACUCCUGCAACUUUACCUUUAGAUGCGCUCCCUUCACCUACACUUGCACCUACUCCUGCACUUUCACCUGUACCUACUCCUGCACCUACACCUACACCUCUACCUAUACCUACUCCUGCACCUACUCCUGCAGCUCCACCUAUACCUGUACCUCCACCUACACCUGCGCCUAGACCUUUACUUGAACCUACACCUGAACCUCCACCUACACCUGAACCUCCACCUACAUUUACACCUGCACCUGCACCUACGCCGGCACCUCCACCUACACUUACACUUGCACCUUCACCUCCACCUACACCUGCACCUGCACCGACACCUACGCCUACACCUGCUCCUAGAUCUACACCUCCACCUACACCUACACCUGCGCCUACGCCUGCACCUCCACCUACGCCUACACCUGCUCCUAGAUCGACACCUCCACCUACACCUAAACCAACACCUCCACCUACAACUGCACCUGAACCUACACCUCUACCUACACCAGCACCUGCACCGACACCUACGCCUACACCUGCUCCUAGAUCUACACUUCCACCUACGCCUACACCUGCGCCUACCCCUGAACCUCCACCUACGCCUACACCUUCUCCUAGGUCUACACCUCCACCAACACCUUCACCUGCAGCUGAACCUAAACCUCCGCCUACACCUGCACCUACACCUCCACCUACACCUCUACCUACUCCUACUCCAACACUUGCGCCUAUGCCUGCACCUCCACCAACACCUACACCUGCUCCUAACUCUACACCCCCACCUACACCUACGCCUACACCAGCACCUCCACCUACGCCUACAUCUGCUUCUAGAUUUACACCUCCACCUAAACCUAUACCUGAAUCUAUACCUACACCUGCACCUCCACUUACGCCUACACCUGCUCCUAGAUUUACACCCCCACCCACAUUUACACCUGCACCUGAACCUACAUCUACACCUGCACCUCCACCUACAUUUGCACUUUCAUCUAUUCCUGCAAAUUUACCUUCAAGUGAACCCCAAUCACCUACACCUGCAACUACACUUCCACCUUCACCUACACCGGCACCUUCGCCUGCACCGUAA